AGAGGAGAACUAAUGCUUAGCCCUUAUACGAUGUGGAAAAUAAAGCUUGAACCUACAGACAAAGCUGAUUUUAGUGAACUAAAUAAAUAUAAAAAAGAAGUAGACUUAGAGUUAGUAGGACGUGGGAAAUAUAUAAGAGAUAGAAAAGGUAGCGAUGAUUUGAAUCUCAUGGUGGAAGACUACUAUAAAGAAUAUAAAAUCGAUAUUUUUUAA